GCCAGUGCUCUCAGACUUUCAAAAUGUCACCGGUGUUGUGUUUUCCUCUCUCUGUCUCUUUCCUCCUCUCUCUUUCCCUCUCUGACUUUCAACAUAUUUCCUCCGUUUUUUCUCAAAAAUACUUUCCAGCCAUAGCAGACUGCAGCAGAGCUGACACUGUGACUGCCGUUGGGUAAAGAGACUGCAGCAGAACUGACACUGUGACUGCCGUUGGGUAAAGAGACUGCAGCAGAGCUGACACUGACUGCCGUUGGAUAAAGAGACUGAAGCAGAGCUGACACUGACUGCCGUUGGAUAAAGAGACUGCAGCAGAGCUGACACUGUGACUGCCGUUGGAUAAAGAGACUGCAGCAGAACUGACACUGUGACUGCCGUUGGGUAAAGAGACUGCAGCAGAACUGACACUGUGACUGCCGUUGGGUAAAGAGACGUAAGCAGAGCUGACACUGUGACUGCCGUUGGGUAAAGAGACUGCAGCAGAGCUGACACUGACUGCCGUUGGGUAAAGAGACUGCAGCAGAGCUGACACUGUGACUGCCGUUGGGUAAAGAGUCUGCAGCAGAGCUGACACUGUGACUGCCGUUGGGUAAAGUAAAAGAGAGGAUAUCUACACUAUUAUGGCUGAUGUUCCUGUUCCUCCUUCCUCACUGAGAACAGAGGGGAUCCUCCUGAGAGAGAUCCACGUCAACCUGCUGGAGUGUAAAGUCUGCUUCGAGAAGUAUAACCCACGGCAGAAGGAACGCCGGCCUCAGAACCUGUCCUGCGGCCAUGUGCUCUGUCUGGAAUGUGUCCGGGCGCUCUCCCACCCCGUCCUCAAGAAGCUUGAGUGCCCUUUCUGCCGGCAGCUGUGUGACGUUGACAGCACCUCCCACUGCCAGGCGCUGACAGACCUCCAGGAUCUUCUGCUCUCCCGCUCCCCCAGGUCACCUGUCCCUCAUCGGGUCAGAGGAGGCAGCGGCUGGGUCGGAGGUCUGGGCUCUGGAGCUCUGCGGCUUCGCUCAGCCUUCGGUGGCUGGGGGUCCCUGAUCAACCCCACAGGGGUGGCCGUGUUCGGGUCCUCUGGGACCAUGGUGGUGGUGCACGAUGGAGAAAGGAGGGUGGUGGUAUUCGGGCCUCAGGGCAGGCGGCUGCACGGGUUUGGGCGGAGGGGUCGCGGCCACGGGGAGGUGUGUCACCCGGUGGAUGUGGCGGUGACUCCCAGUGGGUAUGUGGUUGUGACGGAUGCCGGUGACGGUGCAGUGAAAGUGUUCACCACCAGGGGGAGUUAUGUUCUGGCGGUGUGGGAUUCCUUCCAGAUGCCCUGGGGGGUGGACGUGGACAGCUGUGGACAUAUCCUGGUCACUGACAUCCAGGCAGGCACGCUCUCCCAGGUUGUGGUGGACUUUGCCCGUGGCGUGACUCUGAUGAACCGAGCGGUCAUAACCGACCUCCAGCGGCCCAAGGCAGUGGCCUGCUGUCGGGUGACCGGGAACAUAGCCCUGGUGGAGACACUGGGGCUCACCACCACACAACCUCCAAAUGGCCCCCGGCCUACCAGACUGACAAUAUUCAACAAAGACUUUAACAUGCUCUCUCAGAUAGACAGCUUUACUCUGAGCCUGGGGGCCUCAGUGUGGCCCUAUAUGUCUGCCGUGGCCUUUGACAGGGACGGGGAUGUGAUCGUGAUAGACUCCCAGCGUGGGUUGAUUUGGAGUUUGGGAAAGCUCCAGAACGGCGCGGUCCUAACCCCCCUGGUCAGUGAAGACUUGGUUCGCCCGGUGGGGCUGGUCGCCACAGCACAGAACACGCUGAUUGUUUUAGACAGUGGAGACCAUGCAGUGAAGAUGUAUUCAGUUCAACCGGAUGCUAUUCUAGUCCGAAAAUGAUGUAGGAAGAGUUAGCUGUCUGGCUGACUUGUAUUGUGAAAAAAUACAUAAACAAAAUGCAUAAUGACUGGUGAUUCCACUGUUGUGAUGUAACACAAUAAAA